AUUGUUUCUAUCUAAAUGGAUUCCCCUGGAUCUGAUGAUGACAACUUGGCCACAGUGGCCAAAGACAGCAGUGACCAUGAUUUUGAAGGUGACCCAGAUAAUGAGAGUGACCACAUCACCAGUGAUACAGGCAGUGAUAAAUUAGAGGACACUGUUUUAUCCAAGGAAGAGCAGGACGGUGACAGAGUGCCACCUGUCCGAGGUGACGGGGACAGUAACACCAAGGUUCCUGCCCGCAUCCGUGAGAUCAUCACCAAGAACCUGUCAGCGGAUGACCUACCACGGUUGGAAGAGACUGGCUUGAGCCCAACAGUCAUGUCGUUGCAGGAGGAAAAUCGGAUGUUGACCAAUGAACUAAGCCGAGUGGAGGACCUACUGUCGGCCAGCCGAGCUGAGAGAGAUGAGAUUGCUAUCAAGUACCAGGCACUUUCAGAUCGGUUGGAGUCAUCAUACAAGACAGAUAUCGGCAUUGAACGUGAGCGAGAAGAGCAGAAUCGAUCCUUGGUUCAGCAAAAUGUGGAGCUGAGACACAAGCUGGAAGAUGAACAUUCCAACUAUAAACGCAAACUCCAGGCUUAUCAGGAUGGACAGCAAAGACAAGCACAGUUGGUGCAGAAACUUCAAGCAAAGGUGUUGCAGUACAAGAGGAAAUGUGGUGAGCUGGAGGCUCAGUUGCAGGAAAGAGUUGCUGAAAAUGAGCAGCAUAGAUACUCGCUGAGAAGCACGACAGACUCUCUCCAGAGCCAGCUGGAGACAGCUGAAGCCCAGCUCAAGCUAAGAGAAGAGGAACACUCAACUGAUCUUGAGAAUGCUCUCUUGAAACUUGAAGAAGAGCAACAGAGGAGUUCUAGCCUAGCUCACGUCAACUCCAUCCUACGAGAGCAACUUGAUCAAUCCACUACGGCCAAUCAACACCUGACAGCUGACAUCUCCCGACUGAACUCUGACUUGUCUAAAACACGAGAUGACCUGGAAGUACGGGAGAAAGAGUGGAGAGAGGAGGAGAAGUCCUUCAAUGAUUACUUCAACAAUGAGCACAGUCGUCUGUUAGCUGUCUGGCGUAAUGUGGUUGGCUUCCGACGUGGAUUCAGUGAGAUGAAAACAGCAACUGAACGGGAUAUGGCACAAGUUCGCGCUGAGAUGACCCGUAUGUCUCGCAACCUCCACUCAGCCUGCUUGAACCUCAAUGCCAACAUGCGUACUACCGAGACCAGCUCUGUCGUCCAAUUGGAGAAGGAGCGAUCUGAACGACUGCAACUUGAACAACAGCUCCGCGAUAAGGUCAAGGAACUAUUGGACCUCCAGGCUAGGUUUGACAUGGAGAAGACAGAGCUUAAUACCAGGAUUAAUGAGCUGACUGUGACCAAUGAGAAGUAUAAGAUUCUUUUGGCUGAGAAGGACAACCAGCUGCGAAAUGCAGCGAGUGCUACCAGCAUCAGCCGAGUGACCAUCUCACCCUCCCAGACUCAACCGCUGGAGUCUAGCCGCACCGAGGCAUCGCAGCAGCAGCAGUCGCCGUCGGAUGUCGUGGAUGAAGGCGAGACGCUGCAGUUACUGCGUGAGGAAUGCGAGGCACUGCACACCGCGCUGCGCGACAUUGCUCAAGUGGUCAUCCAAGAUGCUGAUAUCUCAGGGACGGCUGAUGGCGAUAUGAAUGGUAUUGGAGAAGAUCCACAGGAGAAUGGAUUGAUGUCUGAUGUGACUCUGCCAUCUCCCUAUGCUAGGUCUACUCCACUGAGACGUUCUCAAUCACCUGGUCGGCCCUACCAGCUUCACCGUACUCCUUCACCUCGUCGUACUGUCUCUCCAACUAGACGCACCCUGUCACCGUCUCGAUCUCGUUCACCAGCCUUUGCCGAGUCGACUUACUCGGCUGUCCAAGCUGCACUACAAAAGCGACAGCUACAGGUUCAGGAGCUGAAAGUCAAGUUGAACAGCACCAAGGAACAGAUUGCUUCCUUGAAGAAGCAAGCUGACGACGGGGAAUCAGAGAAGAGACAUCUUGAACGCUCCAUCCAGGGAUUGAAUGAUGACUUGGAGACAGCGAAACGCCAGACUGAUGAUGUCAGGAGAGAUCGCGAUAGACUCCGGAACUCACUUGAAGCGACAGGGAGUGAGAAGUCAGCCCUUGAGAAUCUUCGUCGCUCACUGAACGAACAAAUUGAAGCCCUGAACAUGGAGAACGAGAGGAUCCAGUCGGCAAAUGCUGAGCUGCAACGACAACGAGACAGCUUGGAAGACGAGAGAGAUGAUCGAGAGAAAGAUAUGGGUCGACAGAAGAAAGAGAUUGAUAGAAGCCACAAGCUUCUUGAGCAGAUGGAAGGUAAGAAUUCCACCUUGAAGGAGGAGAUAGUCAGCCUGAAGGAAUCACUUAACAAAGCCACCCUGGAGAAAGAGGUUCUGGACCAAGAAAAAGCAGAAAUCAGUGCUGCACUAUCAAGAGCUGAGCUGCAGAAAGCUGAGCUAGAGAUGAAUCUGAACAAAGUGAAGACUGACGAGGCAAGUCUAAGGGAUGCUCUUCUCAAGAUGCAAGCAUUGAACGAAGGACUGGGACAAGACAAGAUUGAACUCAAUAAGAUCAUCAUGCAACUUGAGAGUGACAAACAGGCCUUGUCCUCAGAGAAAGGUCACCUUGAGCAUGAGAAAUCUACCAUCCGGGACGAGCUCGCCCGCAUCGAGAGCGAAAAGAUGGAUACUGAGACGGAGAAGAUGGGUCUUGAUCAGAGCUUGAGCUUGGCGGAACAAUCCAAGGCUCAGCUGGAAGAUGAUCUGGCAGCUGUCAACAGAGAUAAAGCAGAACUACAAGAUAGCUUGUCACAGGUGAGUCGUCAGAAGGCAUCCCUUGUGGAGGAGCUCCUUAAAUACCAGCGUGGUCUGGAGCAGCAAGCAGAUAACGUCUCUCGGAUUGCCAAGGAGAAAGAAGAGUUGACCAAAGACAAAGCCAGCCUGGUGGUGCAGUUGACCGCCGCAGAGAGGGAGAAUCGGGCACAGAGCGAGGUGAUAGCUGCUCUGAAUAGUGACAAGGACAGUCUAGAGACAACCUUGUAUGAAGCUCAGCAGACCGCAGCUAAGUUGGAGAACAGGAAGGAACAGCUUGAAGCUGAGGUCCAGGAACUGCAGCUUGCUAAAGAGGCCAUCACAGUUGACCUUGCUCGGGUCCGUAAGGAGAUGGAAAUUGAAGUGACCAAGCGAGACAAGGAUCUGGACCUCUUGAAGCAGAAAUUGUCUCUGGGAGAGAGGGAUUCACAGCUGGCCAUCAAGCAAAGAGAACAGAUGCAUGAAGAAGAGAUGGAGAGAGUCAACCGAGAAAAGGAGACAAUCCGAUUGCAGUUGGAAGGGGAAAGAGAUGAAAUCGUUCAUAAAGCUAACCAGGAACGGGAGGAGCUGGUGGCCAAAUAUGAACAGGACAAAGAAGCCAUGGAGGAAGAAACUGCCAUGAUGCAAAGAGACAGAGAUGAGAGUCUCCUAUUGGCUGAAAAUGACAAGCAACAGGCCUUGUCACUCGCCCAGCAAGAGAAGAAUCAGUUAAUGGAGAAACUGAAUAACUCCCAACGAGAACUGGCCAAUGCAUCCAUGGAGAUGGAUCGAUUGAAACGAGAGGCAUUCACCAAAGCUGAGCAAGACAAGGAUGCUCUGAACGCUUCCAUCAUUGAGUCCAAGGAUCUGAGAGGAAAGUUUGAGGAAGCCACUGAAGCACACGAGAGGCAUGUUCGUGAACUGACAUCUAACAUUAAGGACCUCCAGAAGGCAAAGGAAGCUCUGAUGAGAGAGGUCAAUGAACUCAAGACACAACUCAAGAUGGUGGAGGAGAGUCGAGAUGGUGUGAGACGAGAGUUGAUUGAGGCUCAUCGUAAGAUUCGAGAAGGUGAUGAGGCAAGGGAGGUUAUGCGUAAAGAAAAUCUGGACAUGAAACGGCAGUGGAAUGACGAAAUUCGUGAGAAGGAAUCAGUGACGAAAGUUAGUGAGGAGCUUCGAGACAAGGUGAAGAAGACAGAAGCUGAGAAGAUGUCAUUGAAUCGCAGCGUAGAGGACAAGGUUCAACGAAUCAAUGUUUUGGAGGAAGCCAAGUCCGCUAUUCAGAAAGAAGCCGGUGAAUUGAGGUCUAGCUUGAGGGAAGUGGAAAAGUCACGUCUGGAAGCAAGACGAGAAUUACAAGAACUCAGGCGACAGAUCAAAACCCUUGAGACUGAGCGAACUAAGAGAGUCAAAGAGAUCGAGGACCUGAUGGCUCGCCUCUCAGCUGCUGAUGCUCGUGAGGAAGACAGUCGCAAGGAUAUCUACUCCCUCAAGCAGAAGAUCGUGGAGACAGAAUCAGCCCGCGAGGCCAUCCGCAAAGAUGCUGCCAACCUGCAGCGACGCUACAACGAGUUAGAGGAGGAGCUCCGCCUACGAGAGAAGGAUUACCAAAUGGCACUGGACGAUGCACGCAACACAGAGAGGAAGCUGUCCGAUAAGCUGAGGGUAACAGAGACGUCGCUGGAGUAUGCCAACGGGGAGAUGGGUGAAUUGAAGUUGAAACUGAGUGCUGCCGAGGGACGGAUUAAUGGCUUAGAGGCUCAGCUAGCUCAGGUUGAAGGAGCCAAGCGUGAUGUAGAAUUCAAGCUAGGUAGCCUACAUUCAGCCCUCCGUCGUACCCUGGGUAUUGGUACAGGUGCUGUACCAUCAGGUAGUCCAGGAUCUACACUGAGAGCUCGCAGUCCAAGCCCUGUAAGAAGUCGUCGGACUCGCUCACCUGGCAAAGGUUUUGACAACACAUACACCACUACUACCGAUGGACGAGGCAGCCCCAUCCCACGAACUGGUUCUCCGGACCGCUCUCGUAGCCCGGAACGUAGCAUGUCACCAACUCGUCUUGAGCAACUUGUGGCUGACAUUGACCCUGAGACGGUCCGUAUUGCUCUGCGAGACUUCUCUCAGCAGCUCAAAGAGACAGAAAGGCAGAGGGACGAUGCACAUUCCAAGAUCAAGAGUCUGCGUCAGGAGAUGGCUGAGAUGGAUGAGGAUAGAAGCCGCAUUGAGCAACGUCUCCAGCAGCUACAGAAAUCUCUAGGUGAACUAGAAGAAGGCAAGAGAGGAGCUGACGGUAGACUGAGCAGUGCUCAGACGGCGUUGAUGCUACAAGAAGAGACUAUCAGAAGACACGAACGGGAACGCAAAGGAAUGCAAGAGAAGAUUCACACUAUGGAACGAUCUCUUCAGUCCUCGGAGAAUGAGAAACGUGCUUGUCAAGACAAGAUUGGAAAGAUGAAACAGAACGAGCAGCGUCUGGAAGCAGACAAGCGCCAACUUCGAGAUACUUUGGAAGGCUCGGAGAAUAGAGGCACACAGCUAGAGUUGAAACGUCGGGCUUUGGAGGGUGAUCUACAGCGACUGCAGCUGUCGAUGAAUGAUCGUGUCACCGAAAACCAGGUCUGCCAGGAACGAAUCGACACCUUGAUGAAACAGAUACAGAUUCUGGAGAGCAAGAACAGCGCAUUGCAGCUGAUUAUGGAUAGCAUGGCAGAUGCAUUUGGUAAGAGUGAAGAUCUCAAGGUAAAGCUGCAGUCACUGUCCAUGUCUCUGAAUGACAGCACCGUGGAGAGCAGUCAGCUGCAGGAACAGAUGCAGCAGCUGCAGCAGACGCUGUCACAGAGUGAACAUGACCGACGUGUACUACAAGAGAGGUUGGACACAGCUAGACAUGCUGGAUCUGAAGCCAAGAAGCAGAAUCAUCAAUUGAUGGAACGAGUCCAACAACUCCAGAAUGAGAUGUCUGACAUUGAGCUCCGUAGGAUGGAGCUGGAGGGACAGGUCCGCAGCUUACAGGAGAUUCUGAAGCAGCGUCAGGAAUCAGAGGACAAUGCUCUGGGACAAAUCCAACGGCUGCAAGUCCAGAAGCAAACCUCCCAAGAACACAUUACCAUGCUACAAAAGGCUUACGCUAACCUGGAAACGGAGAAGAGAGAACUAGAGCGUAGCACUGGACGACUGGAGAAGGAUAAGAAUGCUCUUAAGAAGACACUUGAUAAGGUUGAGCGUGAGAAGAUGCGCGUGGAUGAGGUGGCCAUGCGAGUCUCAUCUGAGAAGGGAGCCUUAGAUAACUCACUGAGUACCUUUGAGCAGGAGAACUCUGAGUUACGACGUCAGGUACAGGCUUUGCAGGGAUCACUGGCUGAGACAGAGCAGCAACACGCUCAGAGGUUGAUCGAGCUGACAACACGUCAUCGCCAGGAGACAGACAUGGAAACAGAAAGGCUGCGCACUGCACAGCUACAAGCUGAGAGGAUGCUAGAAGCCAGAGAGAGGGCUCAUCGACAGAGAGUCAAGGCCUUAGAGGAACAGAACAUGACAUUGAAGGACCAGCUGAAUAUGGAGCAGAAGAAACGUCAGCAGUACAUCACGAGAAGCAGCAAGACCUCAGAUGAGAUACAAGACCUCAGAAACAUGCUCAGUGAUUCCUUAAACACUGUCUCCCGGGACACCACCCUAGAUCCUGUCCUCCUCGAGCACGAGACACGUAAGCUGGAUGAAUCUAUGGGCUAUGGCUCAGGCUUUGGGCCCACCUCGUCUUUGACAGGCAAGCAUCGUAGCACACGGAGCUCAUCACCUGUCCGUCUGAGUGCCCAGGCUACUUCAACUCCUGCACCUGGUAAAGAGUCCAAGAUAAAGUCAUCCCCAAGGACUCAUGAUCGGACUGGUUCCAUUGGUCUGAGCCCUGUCACACGUCGCUCUCUCAGAAAAUAAACCGUAAGCAACUUGAUUGAUUUUUCUUCAGUACCUGCAAGUAAUUCCAAGUAUCUAAGAAUGGAAUUUGGACAGGAGGUAACAUUGUUUCAAGACCUGCCUUCAGAGUGACGCUAACAUGAAGGCUGAUUUCUGUGGGUUUCUGAACUGAAGAGAGUUGUUUAGCGAGUUGAUCAUGUCAACAAAAACUGUUAACAAAACAGUUCAAGAACGUUCCACAUCACAGAAUAUUUAAGGAUGGUCACUCCUUUCUUUGCCAAAAAUAAAAACCCAACUUUCUGUACUCCGUUACAUUUAUGCGGAGCAGAUCCUUGAAAUAACUCCCUUGGUGAGUGGUUUUUAUCGAAGCUUUUUCCCAGUAAUCUAAGGAGUUCCGAUCCAUUCUUUAACAUUGCUGCUGUACACAGAAGCCAUACAAGUGGAAUCAAAUGGAAAUGGUUGAUGUAUUUAUAAGUCAUGGUUGGUAUCUGGUUUGCCAGAGAGAGAUGUAGCCAAACGCUAGCAAGUUUGUGAAGUAGAAGUAGCAGUUACUGUGGUUUUUUUUCGGUCAACAAAACUGAGUCGUUGUGAUCUCUUUCUUUUCAAACCAAAGCUCGUUGACGUUGUUAGCAGUACAAUAGCUUGUACAGUGUACCUCUAAUUAGCCUGAUCAUCUUCUAUUUUAACUGUCCAAUUCCCUUCUAAACUGUUUGCUCUGUGAAGACCUGUUGAGAAAGAGGAUGAUAUGAUUCAAAUUAUGUAUCCGGGGGACAACAGCUCUCUUUGAUGCUGAGAGUUAUUUAUCUGGUGCUAAAAUUGUUGGAUUUAGGUUCAGUUUUGGUAUCAGUUCUUCUUGUAGAACUACUUUGGCUGGCACUAAAAAAAUAUCCUUGAAGAGAAAAGAUUGCAUUUGGUAAGGUCAUUUCCUGUGAUGUGGUUUGUUCAAAGAAAAAAAGGAAGUCUUUAGCUUGACAGCUUUAAAAGCAAAAUGAUUUCCUCCGAGUUAUCUAGCUGAGAAUUAAGGAAGAAAAGACUGGCAUUGAAAAGAUCCCCAAACAGUAUUAUACAGAUACAGAUUGAUUUCAUGAAGAAUUGCAGUGGCUUCUACUGUGCUCAAAGUUCAUCAUAUUUCAUGUCAGGCUUGCAUAUGGCUCUUGACAAAAAUACCUUAACAAGUGUAAAACUUCAUCUUCCAUUCAAAACAGAAAAGGAUGCUGCUACAUUAACGACUUUCUCUUUAAGUCAAGAGUUAAUUAGGCAAGCUCAGGUUUGUUUUUGACCCAACAGUAAUUAAUAAUAAUUCAAAUGAGCUGAAUAGAUCAAUAUGAAUAGUUAAGGACUGUGUCUAAAAAUGAAUUUUUAUCACUUUCAAAUUGCACAUUUGGAAAUUCUAGUGAGCACAUUUGAGUAAAAUUACCCGCUAGAUAUAGUUUACCAUUUUAGCAUGAAAAAUUUAAAAGAUCAAAGAAUUUUUAAUGAAUGAGGGAAAGUUUCAGAUUUAAGAUGUCUCGGCUAAGAAGAUUAAUAGACAGUGGAUUUUUAUCCAAUUUAUCCUUUCAAAACGUGUAUAUAUUUGAAUUUUUGUACACUAGUUGGCACAGUGUAAACAAUUCUUGAUAAAAGAAAAUAGAUUUUGAAUUUUGUUUUUGUCGUUUCCAUUCUAAAUACUCCAGUCACACAAGUGGCAUUUGGAAUGUUGUGGUCCACUUUUGUUUCUUGAAUCAGUUUUGAAAUUCAAGAACGUGUGAACAAUGUGCUCUGCAUCUUUUUUAAUUCCAAAUGUUCUGAGAUUCCAUCUAGUUUUGAAGAUAUUUUUCAGUGGGAAUUUUAAA